AUGAGUCCUAUUCAGAAUAUCGAGCUGCAUUCCCGGAAUCUCGUCGAGCUCGAUAUCUCGAUUCAGCAGAGGCUUCAGAUGGCGAUGGAGAUUCGUGACAGCCUCGAAAUCGCGCACACGCCCGAGUACUUCAACUUUCUGAAAUACUACUUCCGGGCGUUCUCGGUGAUUCUCUUGCAGAUUACGAAGCCUCAGUACGCGGAUACGCCCGAGCACAAGCUCCGCAACAUCGUGGUGGAUAUCCUCAAACGCCUGCCUCACGGCGAGGUCCUCCGCCCCUUCUCACAGGACCUCUUGAAGGUCGCUCUGCAGGUGCUCACAACCGACAACGAAGAGAACGGCUUGAUUUGUAUCCGCAUAAUCUUCGACGUCCUCAGGAACUUCAAGCCAACUGUAGAGACCGAGGUUCAACCCUUUUUGGACUUCGUUUGCAAGAUUUACCAGAACUUUAAGCUCACUGUUAGCCACUUCUUCGAAAACGGGACGGCAGGUGGGGAAGAUGUGAAGCCUAUGGAUACGUCUUCGGCUUCGGAUCAAGGUUUGACGAAUUUGGGGUCGGCCGGGACGGGGCAGCUCAACCCGAGUACACGCUCGUUCAAGAUAGUUACAGAGAGUCCGUUGGUGGUGAUCUUUCUGUUUCAGUUGUAUAGUCGGCUUGUUGAGACGAAUAUUCCUCACUUGUUGCCAUUGAUGGUUGCUGCUACAUCGGUCCCGGGCCCAGAAAAAGUUCCUCCCCAUCUGAUGACACAUUUCAUUGAGCUGAAGGGAGCGCAGGUUAAGACAGUUUCUCUUUUAACUUACCUGUUGAAGAGCUUCGCUGAUUAUAUCAGGCCACAUGAAGAAAGCAUAUGCAAAAGCAUUGUCAAUUUACUUGUUAAUUGUUCAGAUUCUGUGACCAUUAGAAAGGAGUUGUUGCUAGCCUUAAAAAAUGUUCUUGGAAAAGAUUUCAAGAGGGGUUUAUAUCCUUUGAUUGACACGCUAUUGGAAGAGAGAUCUUGGAGAGACAACAAUAAUCUCGACAUGGACAAUUGGCACUCCGAUGGGGAAGAAUUUGGGCAAGGUUGCGGGCAUUUUGUCGUUCGUAGAGGUGGUGUGCUCGCCGGCUCCUGUCUUAGAUGGCGGCUUCUGGUUCAGACGGCGUCGGUGGUUUUGUGCGAGGUGGAGAAGAUCAUUCAGCUGGGUCGGGAACAAGAGACGCUCUGGCAGGCGAUGGAUUGCUUCGCAAUGGAGAGGUCCUCUUUUGGUCCUCUAGGUAAAGACCUUCAUGAUAAUGGCUCCAGGUUCCGAGAUUUUAAAGGGUGCAGUCUGGCGUGCUCCAAGAAGAGGGUUGUAGUGGAUGAUGUUGAGGUUGAAGGUGACACAUCAGUGCAGGACCUUGGGAUUUUCAAGAAGCUUCUUGAUUUUUUUGAAGCGUGGCUAGUUUGGGCUUGUGGGUAUAAGGCUAAAUUUGGGUUAUAUUCCUCUUUUGGGCUGAAGUGGAGAAUGGGCAGGAAAAGAGUUGUUUUUGGUUGGGCCAGAUGUGUUUAA